AUGGCCUUCCGCUACCUCAUCCCUCUGUGCGCCGUCUUGGCCUGCGCCAAUGCCGGUCUCCUUGCCAGCCAUGUGGCCAUCGCCAAUCCCUCGGUGGACGCCGUCGCCUCCACCCAGCAGGAUGUGGUGCGCUCCUUUGCCGGCACCGUGUCCAGCUACUCCAAGGCGGUGGACACCCCGUACUCCAGCGUGAGGAAGAGCGACACCAGGAUCCAGAACAACGUCUACACCCCGGCCAUUGCCAAGACCACCUACGCCGCUCCUCUGUACACCCAGGCCACUCCCAUCGUGGCCAAGACUCUGGUCCAUGCUCCUGCUCCUGUGGUCGAGAAGGCUGUCUACGCUGCUCCUGCUCCAGUUCUGGCCAAGACUGUUUACUCCGCUCCUGCUCCCGUUUUGGCUAAGACUGUCUACUCCGCUCCUGCUCCAGUUUACGCCGCUCCUGCUCCAGUUUACCACGCUCCUGCUCCUGUUUACCACGCUCCAGCUCCCGUUGUGGCCAAGACUGUUUACUCUGCUCCCGCUCCAGUGGUGGCCAAGACCAUCUACUCCGCCCCAGCUCCAGUGGUGGCCAAGACUGUGUACUCCGCCCCCGCUCCAGUUUACCACGCUCCCGCUCCAGUUUACGCUGCCCCCGCUCCCGUUUUGGCCAAGACCGUGUCCUAUGCCGCGCCAGUGGCCACCACGAACGUGAACCACGGACCCGCCGCCACCACCUACACCCACAACGCCCCCGCCCUGGGCGUCUCCAGCUACGGAAGCUCCCAGACCGUUCAGUACUCGCCCGCUGAGAGCGUGUCGCACAUGAGCUUCGAUGGAUUCGGAACCCACUGGGGUUUCUAA